AUGCUAUGGGUUCCAUGGAGAAUCCAGGUCCAUUUCAGAAAGCAGGGCAUAAGUGGCCCUAGCUACCGUCCGAUCACCGGGAACACGCCCGAGUAUCUUCGUCUAUUUCGUGAAUCGCGGUCCAAGUCAAUGUCUUUUAACCACGAUAUCAUCCACCGGGUAGCCCCAUUUUACUACGAGUGGUCACGCAGGUAUGGGAAGACGUUUCUGUAUUGGUUUGGAUCGAAACCAACAUUGGCUGUAUCUGAUCCUGAGAUGAUCAGGGAGGUUUUCAUGAACACAGAUGGUGGGUCGUAUGAGAAAGUGCGAAAUAAUCCUCAGGCUAAGCUGCUCUUCGGGCAGGGGCUUAAUGGCUUGGCUGGUGAGGAGUGGGCUCUUCAUAGGAGGAUCGCAAACCAGGCUUUUUUGAUGGAGAGGGUUAAGUGUUGGGUGCCAGAAAUUGUGGCAAGCACUACCGAGAUGUUAACCAAGUGGGAGGAAAUACGAGGAUCGAAAGAUGAGUUUGAGAUGGAUGUGCAUAAAGAACUCGAGGACCUGACAUCAGACAUUAUCUCGAGAACGGCUUUUGGAAGCAAUUAUGAAGAAGGGAAGCGUGUGUUUUUGUUACAGGACCAGCAAAAGCACCUUGCCUACCAGGCCUUCGGAAAUGUCUAUAUUCCAGGUUUCAGGUUUUUGCCCACCAAGAAGAACAGAGAGAGGUGGAGAAUCGAAAAGGAAACUCGUGAAGCAAUGAGGAAUCUGAUAAAAACUAACAGCAAUGGAAUAGAAAAUUCAAGAAAUCUUCUUAGUUUACUGAUGUCUUCAUAUAAAAAUCAAGAUGGCGUGGAAGAGAAGUUAGGGGUAGAUGAUAUUAUAAAUGAAUGCAAGACCUUCUACUUUUUAGGAAAGGAAUCUACUGCCGAUCUUGUGACAUGGGCACUUCUCCUUUUAGCAUUACAUCAAGAAUGGCAAAACAAGGCAAGGGAAGAAGUGUUUUCUGUCUGUGGAGGAAAUGAACUCCUGGCUGCAGAGAAGUUAAAUGACCUUAAAAUCGUGAACUUGAUCCUCAAUGAAGCGCUCCGACUUUAUCCUCCACUUAUAAUGUUGAUGAGGCAUACGUCUAAAAAUGUUAAGUUAGGGACCCUCGACAUUCCUGCUGACACACAAUUCUAUUUGGCCUUGCCUUCUGUUUAUCACGACACCGAUAUAUGGGGUAAAGAUGCUAAUGAAUUCAAUCCCCUGAGGUUCAAGGAGUCUGAAAAUCAUCUGACUUCAUUUCUUCCAUUUGGGUUAGGCCCCAGAGUUUGCGUUGGCAAAAAUUUAGCACUUAUAGAGGCAAAAGUUGUCCUCUCCAUGAUCAUAAAACAUUAUUCCUUUGUUGUUUCACCCACCUAUGUUCAUGCCCCAACCCUCUUGAUAAGCUUGCAGCCUCAAUACGGUGCUCAGAUCCUCUUAAGCAGAAUUCCAAAUUGA